AUGUUAAGACGUUUGUUUACGCGCAUGGCCCCGCGGGCAAAAAAUCAUGAGGAACUGAUGAAGAUGUUGCGCGAGGGUUCACAAGUGGGGAAGAUGGCGGCAUCGGAGGAAAGUGGCGUGACAUUUCGCGACAUCCGCACGGUUCCCAUCGGUGAGUCAAAUGAAGCAAAGCGGCGACGAUUGCUCUAUCAAUCAACUUAUCGCGGAAUGGUGGAGAUGGACAUUAUUCUCGGGGCAUUCGCGCGGCAAAACAUUGAAACGUUGUCGGCUCCUCAACUGGAAGAAUACGAUGCGGUGUUAAGACAUUUUGAUAAUGAUUUGUAUAAAUGGCUCGUAAUGGAUGUUGAGGCCCCAGCGGAGGUUGCGCAGAUUCCGGUAUUUCAGUCACUGCAUUCUUUUGUUAGGGAUGAGCGGGAGAAGUUACUGAAAUGUGCAUCAUAA